AUGCCCGCAGUAGGAACAGUGGACUGGAGUGCGUUGUUUCCUGCAGAGCCUUCGGUCGUAGCAGGAACUUACACAUUGCUCUCGAGCCUAUGCUUAUUCUACUAUGACUUCAUCAUCACAAUCCCUGCGGAAGUGCGGGUGUUCUGGAAGUCGCGUCUGUCCCUCGCGAGCGCCCUUUAUGCGCUGGCGCGCUAUGGUUUCCUCUUCAAUCUAACCCUUGUCGCCCUCUUCACCGUGCGAUUCACCCAAGAUUCCGGACCUACAAACACAGUUCGAAGGACGUAUAGCUGCGAAUCCUUCUACACCUUCGCCGUCUUGAUGAACCUGCUGAACUUUGCUAAGAUAUCAGCUUCCGUCGCUACGCGCAUGUUCGCAAUCUGGGGCCGCAACUGGCCAUUAGCGAUAUCUGUCUUCUUUCUAGGACUCGUCAACCUGAAUGUAGUACCGGUGCUCCUUGCUCUACACUUGAGGAUCGUCCUCGCACCAUGGCCUAUAUGGAGAUGCGAAGUGUUUAUUCCGGACGACGAGACGGAGACGCUGGCGUUAACGGUUCGCAACGUCCCCAUCGUCAUAUCCGCUAUCGGUAUCGCGUACGAGCUGCUGUGCCUUGUCCUCACCGCAUGGAAGACACUUAGCAUAUAUCGCGCGCAACGAAGCCAUGGCAGGCCGGCUACGCUGACCUCGUUACUGCUGCGCGAUGGCUCCGUGUAUUUCUUGUAUGUGCGCUAG